AUGUCGGAUAAUAGUGCAGCAUACGAUAUGGAAAAUGUGGAAAUUGAGGAACUUGAAGCAGAUGAAGUCGAUGAAUCGGACUUAUCACAGUUCAUAGAACUGAGACUAAGCAAUAGACCAGUGAUGGUGCAACCGUUAUCGUCGAACAUUUCUGCACCCUCCACUUCACUGGCCGGAGCAAGUUCCUCUGCCCAGUCGGAAUCAGAAACAGAAGACGAAAACACACAACAACGGGAGGUGUUGAUAAAAAAACUGGUUGCUCGUGAAAUAACUUUCUCAGAGUAUCAGGCACGCAUGCACCACGAUGACGAGUUGGAUGAUGACGAACCUAACGUAGAUCGUACAACGAAAAAAAAAUCUACCUUUUUCGAAGAUUACAGCACUGCGCGUCGAGAUGUUCUCAAAGGCAACUUUCAAGGUUCGUCGUUAAAACCAGAGGGUAAGUCGGCUUUGCGACGCCAAAAACGAUGCCUACCUCCUGCCCUUCAGGGUUUGAUGGGUCAGGCUAAUCUUUGCUAUGCUAGAGGCGAUGCGAAGACAGCAAAAGAUCUUUGUCUCGAAAUUAUUCGCCAAGUGCCGUUGGCACACGAACCUUUCAUAACGCUGGCGCAGAUCCACGAAACUGACGAUCCGGAACAGUAUCUCCAAUACUCGCAUAUUGCCGCUCACUUAAAUCCUUCCGAUGCGGAGCAAUGGAUACGUGUGGCUGAAAUACUUAUCGAACAGGGGAAAAUAGAUGAGGCGUUGAAAUGCUACACAAGAGGCAUAAAAGCGGACCCGAAGAAUGUAGAUAUGCGCCUGAAACGGGCGCGUCUCAUGGAGAGCAGGGAUGAGAAACAAGCUUUUAAAUACUACUACAGCAUGCUACCGUACAUCCCGAAGGAACAAGCUGAUUUUCUAAUCGGAACUGCUAAACGCGUGGCUAAAAAGUUCCAUGAAGAAGCGAACGUUGGCGCUGCGUUAGACGCGAUGGAACGUGCGUACGCAACGGUACCGGAAAAGUUUAGUAUGGAAGACAUCAACUUACUUAUUGAACUGCAAAUUGCCAGCGGGCUGUAUCGUCGUGCGUUGAGUAUUCUUUCUUCACAUGCCAAAAUAGAGAUACUGAAUUGUGAUUUGGACGACGUUGAAAGUGAGUCCUUGGGUACAAACUUUGCAAUAGUAAUGCCGGACAAUAUUAUGCUAGACUUGCGUACCAAGUUGGCUGUAGUGUUAGUGCAUUUGAAAUGUGAACAUUUGUUCGAUCAAAUAAUAGGCGAUAUCUUAAUGCACAUUGAUCCGGAAAACGCCGGCGAUUGUUAUUUAGAUGUAGCAGAAGCCCUCAUGAAAGAAGAAUACUAUCGUUAUGCCCUACGUCUGCUAGUACCGCUAAUUAAAAGUCAAAAGUUUUCUUUGGCCGCUGUAUGGUUGCGUUAUGCAGACUGUUCUCGCUGGAUUGAAGAUUACGAUGAAGCCAUCAUCGGCUACAGAAAGGUAGUAUCCCUUGCGCAGUAUUUAGACGCAAGAUUAGCGCUGGCUGCACUGCUUAAAAAACAAGGAAAAUACGACGAAGCACUACAAGCGCUAGAACAAGAUGCAGAAAAAGAAUAUCUCGACCCUGAAGUACUACAUGAGCGUUGCCUGUUGUUACACGAAGUUGGUCAUUAUGAGGAGUUUCUUGCUGCUGGUUUCACGCUUCUAGCAAGACACUGCUAUCAAAUAAAAAAACGCCAGGAUAUGGUAAUUGUCUCACAUGUCAAGUAUUACGAGCUACGUGCAAAAGAAUCCAAGAAACGUGUUAUCGGUGAAGGUGUACCGGAUUUUGUGUCUGGUAAUGAUCUACCGCUAGAAAUAGAGUGGGAUCUUAUAUUACGUUUGCUAACCGUUGCUGAUCAGCUUCGAGAGUACCCGUACUACAUGAAGCUAGUGUUUACAAUACAAACGUCGAAACGCUUUCACUGUUUCCGAUCUGAAUUACAACAAUUGGCCCUAACAGCAUGCAUAUACAAUCGCGAUCCUACCUUUGGAUUGAACAUCAUCCGAGAGCAAAUACGGCCUCUGUUCGGAUUGAAAAUGGAAGCUAUGACAACAAAGAUGAACCACCCUCAGCUUUGGAAUUUGUUCAAUCUGGUUAUAUUGAUCAGUGGAGAUGUACGCUACCAUCGCUACUUGGCACGGCUCUUUUAUCGUUCAGCACCUAUCGUGAUCUAUCCAAAAGUGUUAAUUGCUAACUACCAUCUCAACUGUUCUACUUACAAGUACGCACUCAACGAGUACAAUAAAAUAUAUCUCGUUACCAAUGAUCCGCUGCAUGCGAUGAUGAUAGCCGUGACGUUGACACAGAUUGCAUGCCAAAAGUUCACAACCAAAAAGCAAUCGCUCAUUGCGCAAGCAAACGUGUUUAUGGAAAAAUAUUUAAAUGGCCGACCGGAGGAGUUGCAACAUGAAGUUUAUUAUAACUUUGGCAGAAUGUACCAUCAACUGGGCAUACUUCAUCUGGCAGUGCAUUACUACAAGCGAGUCUUGAGUUUUGAUCACGAAGUGGUGCGAGAAAAUCCGCAACAUUUAUGUUUGAAAGCCGAGGCUGCGUUCAAUUUAAGCUUCAUCUACAAACACUGUGGAAAUAUCGAACUAGCUCGUAAAUAUUUAUAUCAAUAUAUACAAGUGUGA